AUGGCCGCGAUGGGUGGGAACCAGAGGCAGAUGAUGGAGGAUGCGGCGGAGGACAAGUUCCCAGAGGGGUUGCGCGUGCUCGCGGUGGACAACGACCGUGUCUGCCUCAAGGUACUAGAGGUCCUCUUGCGCCACUGCAAGUACCAGCCAACGAUGGUGAUGGAUGCCAAGACGGCGCUGAAGAUGCUCAGGGCGGGGAAGGAGCAAUUCGACCUGGUCCUCACCGAUGUGCGCAUGCCGGACAUGGACGGCUUCAAGCUCCUCGAGCUCAUCGGCCUCGAGAUGGAUCUUCCCGUCAUCAUGCUAUCAGUGGAUUGCGACAAGAAGGCCGUGAUGAAGGGGAUAAAUCAUGGGGCGUGUGACUAUUUGAUGAAGCCAGUGCAUACCAACGAGCUCAAAAAUAUAUGGCAGCAUGUUGAAAGUAGGAGAAGAUCCCAAGCAAUAAGCCACAUGGGUAGAGAUAAUGAUGACGACCAGAGAGUACAUCCUGGGACGCUUGCCAAGAAUAAGGACUCCAAGCGUAAGAGCAAUGAAAAAGAUAGUUCUAACGAGAACAAAGAGAGCACUCAUGCAUCCACUACCCACAAGAAUACAAGGGUGAAAUGGACAACUGACCUUCAUAACAAGUUUCUAGAAGCUAUCAACCAGAUCGGCCUUGAUAAGGUUGCUCCAAACAAGAUAUUGGAGCUGAUGAAUGUGGAUUGCCUCACUAGACAUAAUAUUGCGAGUCAUCUACAGAAGUAUAGGUUGUACUUGAAUAGAGUCAAACCAAAUUCACUCGGUGAUGCAAGUGAAAGACAGAACUCAUCCAUGGACAAUCAGAGGAAUUUUAUGCAUAACCAUGAGCAUGAAAGAUGGCAUGUGUCCUCAUGUGGCAUCCCCUCCUGGAGUCCAAACUAUUUUGGUGCAACUAGUCAAUUAGGCCAGCUGACGGAUAGCCAGAGCAGCUUGUGCAUGGGGUCAUUAAUCCAUGGUGGUAGAAUGUCGAGGUAUUUGGUUCCACACACACCGGAUGUGAGAAGAUUUGCUGGUUCCGAAGACCCUCCCAUCAGCCUAGACAAUGGCAUACUCGAUGACAUAAUGUUAGAUGAAUUUUCCACAUAUAGCUCUGGUACUUCCUAUGUUGACUCCAUGCGUGGCAAGCUGAUGGAGACAAGUAAAGGCAAAAGCCCAUCAAAUCUUCGAAGUUACUUCACAAACACACCAAGUGGUCGCGGGAGCUCGGCACCCACAAAUGAGUACCAGGUAAACUUGACCGGUAUUCUUCAUAGGGGUGGAACAUCUCAUGUCCCACCACACGUGAACAUACCAAGGAUCAACCAACUGACGAACUAUGAGACGUCAUCUAGCGGAUUGUUGCUGCAAAAUCAAUUGCCACCGUUCAUUGGCAACACCACGUCAGUGACGGGUUUCAAUGAACAAAUAGUUCCAUUCAACAUACCUACCAACCCAAGCUCCGUAGGGAUGUUGAAUGCACACAAUAGUACUCCAAUAGCACCAUCUCAGAUGUUUAGUGGAGGUAGAAUUACUACAUUACGGGAAGGCUUCAAUGAGAAAAUAUCACCAUUCAACAUAGCAAGCAACACAAGCUCAGUAGGGACGAUGUUGAAUGGCAAUUAUGCACUUGGUAUUGGUAGCACUUCAAAAACCGAGACUAAUAUGGUGAACUCUGGAAGAACUAUUUCUACAGGUUCCAACCUUCAGACAGAUAGUUUCGUCACAUUAACUCCAAUGCCUGGUGGUGGGGAUGCAGCUGGCAUUCUCCCUGUGCAAGAAAGUAUGGUUAAUCAACAAGAGCCUAGUGAUCUACUGAAUGGCAUUAAUGCCUUCCCAUCGGAUGAUAUUACCAACCUUCUAAAUAACGAUUUCAUUGGAGAGGAUGCUGUCAUGGAUGGAUAG